GGCCCUCAAAUAGCAGUUGUCGUGUAAAUGAAUGACCAAAACACAUAAAAAGUUUUACUUUUUUAGUUGAAAGGGUGUUGUGUAAAUGGUCCCUAAUCUGAACAUAACUCUUACAAAGCUAUAGGUUGAACGAGUGUUGCUAGGACGGGCUGCAAAAAAAAAAAAAAAAUUAGAAUAAGUAAAUGUCAACAAUGUAUUGAAUUAAAAAAAAACAAUCUACCCAGGUAGUGAGAAUAAAGAAGCUUCUAGCUACUCAAGCUUGAGUUCUUUCUUGCAUCAAUGCCUUCCCAAAAUGUGUCAAUACAUGUUGUAUUUUUAGCAUUGCCACAAGGGGCGCUAUCCACCUUAUUUUUAACAUAAGGGCAAGCGCGACCAUUUUAAAAUUGAAUGUGUCUGGCUUCCGGUGUUGUCCGCUUCCAGUUAUUUUUAGCUGUACAAAAACAGCUUGUUAUGCUGCUUGAUAUUGCAAACUGGUAUUUCUUACCAUAUAAUGUAUUGUUGUAAUUAUAAACACACUGAUUUGCAACGCAAAUAGUUUUACCGUUUACUGAACUUUGUUAUUCUUCUUAUUAUUUAACUAAAGCGGCUAAUAAAUCUGAAGCUUUGCAAAUUAGCUUACUUCUGCAUUUGCAAAUAAGAUGCAUAGCGGCCAUUAGCGCAUUGUCUUUUUCCAUGGUCAAUUUUCAAUCAACUGCUGUUGUGGAAGUUAGUUAUCUAGCCAGGGGGGUAUGAUUUUGCUGGUUAGCUUUAGCAGUUAGCUCCUGCUAGUAAAUCAUUAUUAGACCAUUAUGGGGAUAAAAAACAUCUGUCUCCAGUGAUGGCCAUUCAGUAGUAGCGUAUAUUCUGACAAAAUGAAAAUUAUGUCUAAUGUUUCUGGCUUUACUUGUAUAUGUGUGAUGACAAAAUCUAAAUAGAAUAACAAACAGUAAAACAGUGUUUGUUUUGCUUUUUGAGUGAUGGAUGUUUGAUUGUUUUGCAGGGGCCCAAUGCUUCUCCUCAUUCUAAGAUGAAGUUAUGGAAGUUUGCUGCCAUCGGCCUGAUUCUCUGUGGUGCUACACUUCCCCUGAUUGUCCUUAAAACCACUCCCUCUUCCAGAGCCCUGCCCCCUCCUCCCCACCGCAGAGCUUCAUCCUCAUCAUUUUCACCACCAUCAUCUUCAUUUACACACAGUAAUUCGUCACCUUCCAUUGGGGUAGGUGGGCGGCAACGGAGGGUCAGAUCAGCUGACGGAGGAAACUCUUUCGUCUCAGAAUUCAUGGAGAUGUUCCAGAGCUUCACAGAAGGCGAGCUGAAGCAGGUCAUUGGGACACUGGUGGAAAGGAAAGCCCGUAGAGAUGCCCAGCAGAGCAAAAGGACUAAACGGGCUAAAAAGCGAGCCAAACCCUGCUCUCUGCGGGAGGUGGAGGUGACGGUCAGUCAGCUGGGGUUGGGCUACGUCAGUGACGAGACUAUAGUCUUCCAUUACUGCAGCGGAAAGUGCACCAAUAGUCGCAAAAACUAUGACCUGACUCUGGCGUUCAUGAAGCGCUCGCGGCUGCUCACAAAGGACCAGAAGGACAAGGCUCGCCACAGCCCCUGCUGUCGGCCCACGGCGUACGAGGAGGACAUCUCCUUCCUCGAUAACUUCAAUCGAUACCACACGAUCCAAGAGUUUUCGGCCCAAGCAUGUGGGUGCGUCUGACUUUGAGGGUCAAAGCUCAUCUGAGUACUCAAAACAUUUAGGAAACAUCACGUUUUAAUCUCUCAAGACAAAUUUAAAUGAAAAAAUACAGACCCUUAAUUCUGAGAAGAACAUUUUUGUCUUGGGCUUAAAGCAUACAAGAGCGUAUUGCCUUUAUGAAAAAUACUUGGCUGACAGAUUCUCCUCAGAAACUUCUGCCAGUCCUGAUGAAGAGAAACAGGAAACAUAUCAUGCAAACAGUAAUUAUUCCCAUGUUUAUUCGUUGCUAAUGAGAUGCUGCUGUAUGUCUUGUUUAUAUUGCCUUCAUGGGUCUAUGUCAAAUAGCUUGAAAUGCUGGGUGAAUGUUGAGCUCAGAGUUUAAACGCAGAACACCUCUAGAAAUGAAUUCAGGGCUUCAGUAAACAAAGCAAAAUACACAAAGGCGCACCCAAGGCUGAACAAAACUUUCUCGUUGUGCUGAAAAAGGAAUGGAACUGGCAUGUAAAUGAUCCCAGCAAUUCUGAAAGGUUUCAGUUCUGAGUGUCUGGUAUUUCAAAGUCAAAACAUUCCCACAAAUCUAGUUCAAACGAACAUAUUAAUUAUACUAAACAUCUACCUCAGCUUGUAGUCGACGUGGCUCUGUAAAAGAAUACCCAGUAUUUCAUCAGAAUAUUUAAAUGCUUUAAAUAGUCGCCUAUAAUAAUUUAAAAAAAUAUUUAUAAAGGAAUCAAAAAAGAAUACUAAUAAUGUAUUAAAGGCUGGAAUACACACAACUUUUAAAAUGUGAACAGAUUGUAAAUCUUUUGUAAAUAGUUACAGAGAAAAACUGGGAAUCAUGCAUGUAACAAUUGAGGAACGUACUCUACCAGACUUUCAAGUCCUUCCGAACACAACAAACUCAAGGAGACACAUAAAACAAUAUGCCUACUUCCCUAAUAUACAGUUGGCGAAAAACCAAAUACAAAAAUACAAAAAGUACCCGGAUGACUUACUACUUCCGGCGAGAUUCUGAAGUGUCCAUUCGAUGCACACUUUAUUAUCCUGUGAAGCCAUGGGAGAGGAUUUGUGAAUGGCAGUAAAGCAACAUAACUGAUGUAGGUCACAUGACAGUGACAACACUGAGGAUGUUCUAGAACAUACACUAAUGUUUUUAAAAGACGUUUCAUCUGCUCACC